CUUUCCCCCCCCCAUUUCAUCCACCCAACCCAGCUUUCUAAAUAAGAAUAAAAAAAGAAUUGAGAAUUGAAAAUGACAGACACAAACCAUCCCACGCAUCUCUCGCCCAGCGAACUCGGCACGAAGGAUUACUGGGACACAUUCUACGCGCGCACCCUCGCACACCUCUCUCAGAAACAGACCCCUACGGAUGCCAACGAAGCUCAUCAGACGCAAGUGGAGGCUGAUGGAGAAGAAGAAGAAGAUGACCAAGAAGACGUGGACGACGACUCUGACCCCGGCACAUCCUGGUUCUCAGAGUACAACGCGCCGGACAAAGUUCUGCGGUUUUUGACGGGCGAGGAGUUCCCGCUUGCGCCUGUUAAUACGAGGACCUCUGGGACUACGGAGGGGGAAGGGAAAAGAGAACAGCCGAGUAUUCUCGACUUGGGAACCGGUAAUGGGAGCAUGCUUGCGCUACUGCGGAAACGGGGCCAUUUCCGCGGGGAGAUGGUGGGGGUGGAUUAUUCCCGCGCGAGUGUUGAGUUGGCGAGAAGGUUGCAGGUGCUGAGGGCGCAUGAGGCUUAUUUGAGCGAUUCUGAGGAUGAGGGGGAGGAUGGAGUUGAAGAGGAGGAGGGCAAAGAGAUCCGGUUCGAAGAGUGGGAUAUUCUGCGCGCAGAGGGAUGGGCGCUGGCUGAUGCGGAUAACGGCGGGGGGCGAUCUCGCGUGGAUUGGUUCCCUUACAGUCGGGGUGGAUUCGAUAUUGUGUUGGAUAAGGGGACGUUUGACGCGGUGUCGCUGUCGGAGGAGGUUGUGGAGGAUGCUGAGCGGAAGGAUGGGAGCGGGAAGACGAUCCAGCGACGCGUUUGCGAGACGUACCCCGGGAUUGCGCGACGGACGGUGCGCAAGGGGGGAUUCCUGGUGGUGACGAGUUGCAAUUGGACGGAGGAGGAGCUGGUGCAGUGGUUUACGAGGGAGACUGGGGAGGAGGAGGAUCGGUUGGUGGUUUGGGGACGCGUUGAGUAUCCAACGUUUCGGUUUGGGGGACGGGAGGGACAGGGGGUUGUGACGGUUUGUUUUCAGCGGGUUUGAUUUAUAGAUAGAUAAGAUUAAUGUGAUUUUGGCUGUUUGGGAACAAGGUGUCUGUCAAUCAUGUUGUGUGCUCGUGUGUCUGCCCCUCAAUGUGAGGGUGAUCAGCCUGCCGCGAAGCGAAUGCGUGAUGGAGGGGUUGAUCCAAUGGCUUUUUAUCCAUUAACUGUCAAGACGAG